AUGUUGAAGUUUGGUAUCCAGGUUACUGACUAUUACAGUAUUAGUAAUACAAGUCCAGAUACUUAUAGUCUUUCAGAGCCUGGCAUAGUUGUUUCAACUCCACAAUAUCCAUUAGAUAACAUUAUUAGUUAUAAUCAGCAACAACGAAAACCACAGAAAAUCAAUGUUUCUUCACAAACCGUUCAAAACAAUUCUUCGUGCUAUAUUGAUAUCCUUAAAGAUGAUAAUAAUCAAUCAAAAUAUAAAGUUGGUUCUUACACAAUACUUAAUGAGCAUUUAUUCACAACCAAAGAUAACAUUCGCAAGAAUGUAUACAUGCCAAGCAUUUCUACUAAUCACAAUAUAAUUAAAUUAUGUUAUGACAAAAAUAUUCAUAAAAUGUGGCAGAAGUAUGAAAAUCAGCUGUAUAAAUUUAGUGAAGUUACAUCAUCAUUCUCCUUGUCAACGUCACCAUCAUCACUAACAUCUUCACCAUCCGUAACUUUAUCCUCAUCACCAACAUCAUCGUCAUCUUCGUCAACAAUUAAUUCAUUAAAAAAUGAGCUUUAUACUGUUACAAUGAACAGAACAUUUAAAAAUGACUCAUCUGAUUAUGAUGAUAGUGAAGGUGAUCAACAAGAUGAAGUCCAUCAAGAAAGAACUCAAAAUAAACACUCCACCGUUGUCAUUCGUCGUUUGGUCAGUAAAAAUAAAUAUCGUAAUAAAAAGGAUUUAACAAAUGACAGUGAUAGUGUAUUUUAUCAGUCUCAACGCAAUAAAUAUGUCAGCAAAAUCAUAAAAAUAAUAUAUGGGAUUUUGUUGACCACUGUGGGGUUUCUAUUAGUGUGUAUACAGUUCAAUGGAAAGAAGUCAGAAUCAAUUUUUUUAGAAAUCUUCCUCAACUUUUUAUUAAUUGGACAACUUUUACAUUUUCUGAGCUUCUAUUUUACGAUGUAUUUCAAUGCUUGCCGUUCUUUUUGUGGCUGCUGUUUGAUGGAUAAUAAACUUCAACAUUUACAUUACUUUCCUUAUCGUCGAAGUCGUGUAACCGACCAGUUAUUCACUCUAAGACGGAACCAUGUUAAGGCUUAUCAUAGGCGAAAAAAUCAGAUUGUGGACAAUGACAACAGUCAAGUAGAUAUCAAACAUCAAAGUAAGAAACUGCCAUCUCCUAAAAGACAAAUUUCAAUUUCUCGGCCUGAUAGUAUGCAGUAUCAUCAGCUUGGGACCAUCGGUAAUGCAAAAAACUUAAGGUCACAGUUUCAUAACGCUAAUCAAACAAAAAGAUUAACUACAUAUUUAAAAGGUAUGAAAAAUGUUCAAACCCAUUCCAGAAUAAUUUUACAAUGUGAAUAUAUUUUUCUAGGAUUCUUUUGUGUUGGAAGCCUAAUAAGCAUCAUAUAUUAUGGAGACAGAUUAAUUAAAUCAUCCAUUAGUACCGAUUGGGGUAUCUGGUACUCUUCAAAUCAUGCAAAUUUAAGAGAAAAUAAUAAAAACUAUUUUACCAAUGAGAAUGAUCAUCACCAUGUGGAUGAGAAAAAAUAUCUAUUAGAAAAAAAGACCACUAUUUUCGCAGAUAACAAUAUCUCUCAUCAACAUCCCUUAAUAAUUAAUAGUUCAAUAAUGCCCACAAGUAACUCGUACAUUAAUAAUCCGAAAUAUAGUUAUGUUAUUUUUUUUAAUUAUACAGUAUCAAAUAAUAAGACAAAUGUAACAGCUGAUAAUUCAUAUAAAAACCAUGAUUUUCAUCAGAUUACUUACAUAAAUUGGUUAAAAUUGAUUAAUAAUGUAUUAUGGGUACUUGUACUUAUCAUACAAAUACCAAUGAUGAUUCAACUAAAAAAGAUUUUUCCAAAAAUGUUGAGAAUGUACAAUGGAUUACUGUUUGUACACGUUAUAGCCGCCAAUCUAACCAGUUGGUUCCGUAUGGCAUAUAUAGGAACGGAAAAUUACCUCAGCUACUAUCAUGAAUAUAAGUUAAACAAAACAUAUGAAAUUAAAGGUAACUUUAAUAGACUGUCAGUUUUGAAGGUUAUACAAAGUCCAGUAGCCUAUCUUCUAAAUUGUGUCGCUUGUUCACAUCUUCUAGUUGUAGUUUUGAUCUGGAUCAGUUGGAACGUUCGAAAACUAAUAAAAAAUCUUCAAAAUUUUGAAAAUAUACCUAGGAAAAAACGUCUUGUCCAUUGGGCUAAAGAAACCAAUUCAUCAUCACCUAUCCAUCAUAAAAAUUUAACAAUUUCUCGAAUUUCACAAUCAGUAUCAAAUUAUAAUAACAACGUUUAUUGUCAUUGUGAAAGGAAAUCUUACAUUUGUGGAUUAUUUAGUUUAUUUUCAGUAAUCAUUUGUAUCAUACAUUUGUCUACUUAUAGGCUAAAUGAAUUUUCACAAAUAUUUCUUUGUUAUUUUAGUUAUUUUCUAAUUUUAAUAUUGAUAAUAUCACAAAACAUUUUAUUAGUAGUUUAUUCUUCAACUUAUGAUAAACAUUCAAAUUCAAGUUAUAUUUAUUCUUAUAAAUUUUCAAAUCAUCUCCAUUGGUUAAAAUCAAAUUUAAUUUAUUUUCCAUUUCUUUUUCAAUUCACUGGUUCAAUAUGUUUUAAUUUAAUGCAAAUUAUUGAAAUUUUAUUAAAAUUCACAAACGUAUAUACUAAAGAUUUUGUUAUUAACUCAUCUUUUCUAAAUACAUCCAUUGUACAUAAUUCAUUGUCAACUUAUGCUAUACAUCAACCUUAUAUGAUUAAUCAGUAUCGUUAUGUAUCUGAUCAAGAAUUAUUUUUGAUAUACUUUAUUCUUUUAACACUAUGUAUAGAAGUAAUAGAAAAUUGUAUUGAGAUAAUAUGCAUACCAUUAAUUAUGGUAAAAUGCUUUUUACAUCGAAUUACUAAACCUACAUUUUUUACUAAUUUAAUAAUUAAUUUAAUUACCAAUGAAAUUUGUUUAUUAUUAAUGAAAUUUUUUAAUCCACAAUUAUUGAGUUUAAGGGAUAAUUCUAUUUUGAAUUGUUCUACUAAUUAUUUAAAUAGUCAUAAUAUGACUAAUAAAAGUACUACAAACACUAUGAAUAGUCCUUAUGAUGUUACUUAUGAAAUUUUAAUUCAAAACACUAAUACUACUGUUAAUAGUCAAACUAAUUUUAUUCAUGAAAAUAAAAUAGUUAAUGAAAUUUGUAAUCUAGUACAAUUUUCCAUAGUUACAACUCAUUGGUGGUAUUGGAUAUUUAUAAAACAAUUAAGUUAUUCUAUUUGUAUUAUAUUUCGACAAUCUAUGUUAAUAUGUUGUGGAUUUUUAUAUUCAAGUUAAAUAGUGAAAUUCAUUUAUAAAUACAAAGAUCUAUUUAUAUUUUCCUUGAAAAAAACUUAGAUCAGAUUGUCAGGCAAAACGUUGAAUUUACUUCAAAUUCUUUCGCUGAGCUUUUCGCAGAUACAUUCUUUCUCUUUAAAAAUCUAUGAGUUUAUCAGAAUAUUAUCAUUUUUAAGAGAAAAAUUACAUAGCAACUUUCUAUUGUUC